UGCUGCCGGUGCGUCCCGCUCCGGUUCCGCCGCCGAUGGCCGCCGGUCGCCGAGCUCCCCCGGAGCCCGGGGGGGAACCGGUUUUACUUCAAGGUGUCUUCGGUGCCGGACCUACCCCCGGAGCUGCUUCUUGUUCUUUAUCUCUCACCCCUCUGGAGCUGCAGGUGCGGGGUCCGGGAGGAUCUUGCGGGGGGGGUUCGGCUGGUCCAGACGCCGUGUUCCGCCUGGCAGAUUGCGUGGGUUCCGCCGCCUUCCCCGCCGCUCCCACCGCCGCCUGCUUCUCCCUGGUGUGUUACCCGCUCCGCGGGCCGCGCUGGGGCUCGCCCUGCCGGCAGCGCCUGGAGCGGACCUUCCGCGUCUGCCUGGCCCCCGACCAGGAGGGCAACCUGCGCAUCGCCCAGGCCUGGAGCCGCAGGAUCCGGGAGCUCUCGGUGCCCGCCGUGCCUUCGCAGGAUGGUGACAGCUACGGGGUGCUGCCCCGGCCCUGCCGCGCGCUGGUGCUGCUGAACCCACAGAGCGGCGCCGGCCGCGCGCUCGAGGACUUCCGGGCAGUGGUGCAGCCCAUGCUGGCCGAGGCCGACAUCGCCGCCACCGUCUUCAUCACCGAGAGACCCCACCAUGCGCAUGAGAAGGUGCGGGAUGAGGACCUGUCUCAGUGGGACACGUUGGUGGUCAUGGCUGGGGAUGGGCUGCUGUACGAGGUGGUGAACGGGCUGAUGGAGCGGCCGGACUGGGAGGACACGAUGAAGAAGCCGCUGUGCAUCCUGCCCGGGGGCUCCGGGAACGCCCUGGCUGCCUCCAUCAACCACUACGCAGGCAACGAUCACGUCGUCAAGAAGAAGCUGCUGCUGAACUGCACCUUCAUGCUGUGCAAGGGGCUGCACACGCAGAUGGACCUGGUCUCGCUGAGCACAGCCUCUGGCAAGCGCCUCUUCUCCUUCCUCGGCUUUGGCUGGGGCUUCAUCUCGGACGUGGACAUCGACAGCGAGAAGUACCGCGGGCUGGGCAGCGCCCGCUUCACCCUGGGCACCCUGCAGUGCCUGGCCAAGCUGCGGGUCUACCAGGGCCGCCUCUCCUACCUGCCCGCCUGCCCCGAGCAGGGUAACCCCCCGUCCUGCCAGGACCCCCCCGCGCCCACCACCAAUGGCAAGGCUGGACACGUCCCAGCGCCCGCGGGGACGGAGGCGGCCGGGGCCCUGCCCGCCGACUCGCUGCUGGUGCCGCUGGGCCAGCCGGUGCCGGCGCACUGGACGGUGGUUCCCGAGGAGGAGUUUGUCACCGUCUACGCCAUCUACCAGUCCCACCUGGGCACCAACCUGCUGAUGGCCCCGGCAGCCGGGCUGCGCGACGGCUGCAUCCAUCUCUUCUACAUGAAGGCCGGCGUCAGCCGCUUGAUGCUGCUGAAGAUCUUCCUGGCCAUGUCCAGAGGGACCCACCUGGAUUUGAACUGUCCCCACCUGCGCUACGUCCCCGUCCGGGCGUUCCGCCUGGAGCCGCGCUCGGCCGCGGGCAUCAUGACGGUGGACGGGGAGGCGCUGGCCUGCGAGCCCGUGCAGGGCCAGAUCCACACCCGCCUCUGCCGCGUCCUCUGCGGCUCCUGAGCAGCCGGGUUCCCCUCCCGCAGCGCUGAGCCGCCGGCACGGCCCGGCACCGGGGCGGCAGGGCCUUCCUCCCACUCAGGAACCUCCUCCUCCUCCCAUAGCAAUAGCUCUCGGGGGCUGCGGGUGCUCGUCCCCUCGCGUGCCCCCCCCCAUGCUUAGCUUUACUCCUUUGGGACGGCCACCCAGAGCUGUCCCAAAACCAAGCCACGAGCCCCAGCAGGUGCUCUGUGCCGGCGAGAUGCCAGAGGUUUUAUCCCGGUACGAGGUCCCAGCCCCAGGUGGCUGCGCCGGCACAGCCCCCUCCCCGGACACACACGGUGGCAUCACUUCGGUCCCUGCUGAGGAGCCAGUGUCACCCCCAACCCCAAGCCCCCCCCCCCCCGCCCCGGGGAUGGUCAGGACCAAUAUAUCAAACAGAAGAAACCGACUUUUUAAAGAAUGUUUCUACCUAAAGCUUCCUGUGUAGAAGCAGAGUUUAUUCUUGUGAGCAAUGCAGUAACUGGCGAGUGUUUGCAAAAAAAGAAAAAGAAAAAAAAAAAUCAAAAAAAGACAAA